AUGUCUUUUGUUCUCUUCUUUGCAUUCGCCAUGUUUCUUCAAGGCACACUAGGUGAAGUAAUCUGCGAGACUUUGCCUGCAAAUCUCUGUUCCUUUGCAAUUGCAUCAUCUGGAAAAAGGUGCGUUUUGGAGAAUUACAGAGAUGAAGAAGGGAAGCUGGAGUAUACAUGCAAAACAUCAGAAGUUGUUGUUGAGAGAAUUGCUGGAUAUAUAGAGUCUGAUCAAUGUGUUAAUGCAUGCGGGGUUGAUCGGAGCUCCGUAGGAAUUUCCUCCGACGCCUUCCUUGCGCCGCAGUUUACCGCUAGACUUUGCUCGCCGGCUUGUUACCAGAACUGCCCUAACAUUGUUGACCUCUACUUCAACCUCGCUGCCGGCGAAGGAGUAUAUUUGCCUGCUCUCUGUGAGAAACAAAAGACAAACCCCCGCCGGGCCAUGUUGGCGCUUUUGAGCAGUGGCGACGCCCCCAGUCCGGCGGCUAUCGACUCUUUCGGCAGAGUCGCUGAUGCUCCUGCACCUGCAUCUAUCUAA